AUGUUGCCACUUGACUCACCGCCUGUAACCCAGCUUGCGAAGGAGUUUGUCAACUUUAUAAAUGAGGCAUGUACCCCCUUUCAUGCGGUAGAGGUACUUUCAUCUUGGUUGUCGAACGCUGGUUACCAAAGACUAAAGGAAGGUGAAACGUGGCCUAAGUUAACGAAUGGAUACAGGUAUUUUAUAACCAGAAACGACAGUAGUCUCGUCGCCUUCUCCGUUGGAGGGCGGUUCGUAGCUGAAAACGGACUCAAAAUUGUUGGAGCUCACACCGAUUCACCGAAUCUUGCACUGAAACCACGAACACUGGCCGGGAGGAGUGACUACCAGGGUGUUGCGGUACAAUGCUACGGGGGUGGCUUGUGGCACACUUGGUUUGAUCGUGAUUUAACUGUUGCAGGAAGGGUUAUAAUUUCCUCCUCUAAGUUGGUAAAACGGUUGGUCAAGGUGAAUAAACCGAUUAUGCGAAUUCCAACCCUCGCCAUUCACCUUCAGUCAGUGGAAGAGCGAAAUGCGUUCGGACCAAACAAAGAAAAACAUCUGGUUCCUGUAAUAGCAACUACUCUCUCACACACACCAAAUGGAGAUGUGAGCGAGCAUCAUAACUCUCAGCUGCUUAUUUUGCUUGCGGAGUCCCUUGGUUGCCGGCCCAGUGAGAUAGUCGACUAUGACUUGAGCGUAGUCGAUACACAGGAUGCUGUUGUUGGUGGGGCAAACGAUGAAUUCAUAUAUGCACCCCGUCUUGAUAACCUUAUUUCAUGUUUUUGCGGAGUGAAAGCCCUUCUCGAAUCAGACAAAACUCUGGAAGAAGAAAACAUGAUAAGAAUGGUGUGCCUUUUCGAUAACGAAGAAGUGGGAUCAUCUACUUCUCAAGGUGCCGGGGGUUCACUCGUUCCAGAUGUGAUUGAAUACAUUUCUGCAUCUGGAGGACUUCGUGCACAGCUCGUGGCUAACUCAUUCUUAAUGUCAGUUGAUGGCGCUCACGCGGUUCAUCCUAACUAUCAGGAUAAACACGAAGAAAAACAUCGCCCCCUUAUUCACCGGGGACCAGUCAUCAAAUACAAUGCAAACAUGCGCUAUGCCACAAAUGGCGUCACCGCUGCGAUUGUAAAAGCAAUCGCUAAAAGAGCUUCUGUGCCCAUUCAGGAAUUUUGCGUGAAGAAUGAUUCCCCGUGUGGUUCAACCAUAGGGCCGAUCUUGUCCUCGUUAUCAGGUAUCCAAACAGUCGAUUUGGGCAAUCCGAUGCUAAGCAUGCACAGCAUUCGCGAGAUGUGUGGGACCGCCGAUUUGCUUCAUCUGAAGAACCUUCUUGAGGCGUUUUUUAACCAUUACACCAGGGACAUGGUGACCUCCUAA